AUGACCAAAAACUGUGUACACCACCAAACAGAGGAUCGAUAUCAUCGAGCUGUACAUCGAGAAUGGGAGAUCGGCUGCGGCAACCUUGCGCAAAUUCAAGAUAUCAUCGAGCUGUACAUCGAGAAUGGGAGAUCGGCUGCGGCAACCUUGCGCAAAUUCAAGGUAAAGUAUAGGCAAAAUGUGACCUUAAAUUUGACCACAAUCACCAAGUCAGUUUUUGAGGGAUGGGAUUUUUUACCCGUCGGACCGUCGUUCCGUCGAUCCGUCGAUAAUUUAUAA